GUAGCACAAUGAGUCCAAACAAUGGCAAACUAGCAGUCUUCUAGAAAAUAUUUCCGUGACACAGCGGGCAUCCAUGCAUCAUCGACCCAAGAGUGGUGGAUGCCCAACUACGAACACCUCUUCCCCAUCCCUCCCAAUAGUCCGCUGGAUGCCCCCAUUCAACGCUCAACUUCCACUGACAAGAUGUCCGCGACAAUCCCAACAAUCGAUCUCUCCCCCUACCUCACCACAUCCGACGGCAAUGACCCCCAAAAGGCCACCAUUAUCGCCGCGAUCCGCGAAGCCUGCACAACAACCGGCUUCUUCCGCAUCACCCAUCAUGGCAUCUCCCCCCUCCUCCAGUCCGACCUUCUGGCCGCCGCAAAGCACUUCUUCGCGCUUCCACUGGAAACCAAGCGCCGGUACAUCGAUACAACCGCCCGGAAGGGGUACGAGGAGAUCGGCUCCCCGAUGCUGCAGCAGGGAACGAGGCCGGACAUCAAAGAAGUUUAAUCCCUUCGCUCCUCCCUGUCGUCGAGCUUUCAGCGGGCUCCCCGGCUAAAUAUGGUCGAAUGUAAUUAGUGCUACUUCGUCGGAGCGGAACCCGCCAUGCCAAAGGAACCGCCCU